CCGCGAAUCUCGGAGAUGGCACGGCAGGCGGCGGCAGAUCUCGAACGAUGUGGCGGUGAUGCGCCGUUGUGGCUUCCCCCGAUGUUGAGUCUAAAUUACGCUCACGUGACCGCUCCCCGCAACGCGUCUGGCUCGCCAAGCUUUGAUACGCGAUGUUGCAUUGCCCGAGCAGCGAGGCGCGACUUCGAUGCAUCAACCUCGACGACGAUGGAUGGCGCCAUUGGGGGAUAUGGUCUGAACGAGCCAGAUGCCCCUCGCCGGGGCUGUUCUGUGCUGCACCUCCAUCGCCCCCGAGCAGCGCGCAGAGCUCGCAGCCAUCGGCGCGCAGAUGGGCGCAACCAUCAAGCUCGACCUCACCUCGGACGUCACGCACCUCGUCGUCGGCAACAUCAACAGCGCCAAGUACCGCUACGUCGCAAAGUCGCGCGAGGACGUCAAGGUCCUCCUGCCGCAAUGGCUCGAGGCACUACGCACAGUGUGGAUGGAGGGUGACGACGUCGACGUGGCGGAGCUCGAGGAGAAGUACCGGCUGCCGACAUUCUACGGGCUCAAAAUAUGCCUCACUGGCUUUGACAAUCCGGAGCAGCGAAAGUUCAUACAGGACACCGUCGUGCAGAACGGCGCGGAAUACCACGGCGACUUGACCAAAAACAUCACUCACCUGAUCGCAGCCACCCCGUCUGGCAAGAAGUACGAGCACGCCGUCAACUGGAGGAUGAAAGUAGUAAGCUGGGAGUGGUUUGAGCAGAGCAAAGAACGAGGCAUGGCGCUGGACGAAAACUGCUAUCAUCCUACGAUGCCGGCUGAAGAACGUGGGAAAGGCGCAUGGGAUCGUCGGCAGAGCACAUCGCCUACUUUGGGCAAGCGCAUGCGAGAUACAGAGCAAGCCCAGAUUUUAAAUCCCCUGCGACGAAAACUACGGCGCUCUGCGAGCUCCCGAAUGGGGAGCCAAAGCGAGGCCUUGUGGGCUGGCAUUACCGCAGCUGGCUUAGAGAGGAAAAAGAAUGAGGAGGAUGACUGGACGGAUAACAAUUUUGCUAAGCAAGACGUACCACCGACAGAUGCGCCAAGUGCAGAGGCGGAAGCGCAAGAUGAUGCGCAGCCCGAGGACGACUCUGCGUUUCGCCCUCGUCGGCCCCUCCCUGACGAAAACGGAAUUUUCCAAGGACGGUUGGUGUUCGCGCACGGUUUCGACCAGAGCAAAACCAACAUUCUGCGCGAGCACUUGGACGGCAACGGAGCGAUUGUGAUUCGCGAAUCUGCAGAACUCAACAAAUUUUCCUCGGAUGAUCUUAGAAGGGGUUAUCUCGUGAUACCCCAAGAUGUGCCGCUUGACCUCGCACCGCUUCCGGGAGGAGCGGAAGGCAUGAUCUUAGUCACCAAUUGGUGGGUCGAGCGCUGUCUACACGGAAAAUGCCUAGUGGACCCCGCAGACAACGUUCUAUGCAGGCCUUUCAGUAAACUCAGUAUUAGUGGGUUUGACGGCUUGACGAUCAAUAUCACAGGCUUUACUGGCAUCGAGCUUCUCCACGUGACGAAAGCAAUUGCACUCAUGGGGGCCACGUACGAUGAGAUUUUGUCCCUCAAAACUUCCGUCAUGAUCUGUCACACACGGAAGCCCAAUCCCGACAAAUUCAAAUUCGCGACCGAUAAGCACAUUCCGGCUGUGCACGCGACUUGGCUGUGGGAUUGCAUACGCGGUGGCGAAGCACAGCCCUAUGACACCUACCUACUAAACACAAUCGUGCCUCAUCCGCAGAAGCCGAAGCAAAAGCCUCAGGCUUCCUUCAAGGAGGUUCCUACAGCUCCGCUUUCUGAAGAAGACAGUCUCAAGCUCCGCCAGAAGAAGGCGCAGUCUGCAAAACACGGAACCAAACCCAGGGGUGGUGGUGCACGGCGUCCUGGCACGCUCGAUCUUGCACUCUCUGGACCUACACCAAUGUCUACGACAGGAUCGUCUACUAAUCCAAAUACAAGCACUAAUGAUUUGAGUUUAGAGCAGGAUGCGCAGCCUAUAGGCGGCUUCGAUGGCCCAGCUUCACUACCACUGCAAGACAUCAACCCCAGCGUAAACUCCCCACGUAGGCGUUCGACCUCCUCAACAGGCUCGACCGCUCAUCUAAAUAUGAAGACAAACUCUACGCGCUCGAACUCCAUCUCAGAUGCGCCGGUUAUGCCGGCACCAGCUCCGCGGAAGUCGAAGCUAGGCAGGGGACCAACACCAGACUCCGUGAUACCCGCAGGGGAGGAUGACUCCGUCCUGCCUAACCCUGAACCGCACACUGAAGAGCCCAAGUCUAAACUUCCAGAGAAGGAUUACUCCUCCAUAAUGUCGAAGCUUCUCGCGAACCGCAAGAUCCCAACGAACCCUCCCAACGAAGAGUCUGGUCGCCGAAAACCACGUUCUCUCGGACGCGCUCAGUCUACCCGGUCAAACCCAUCAAGCGUUGACGAGUUCCUUUCGCGAACGAGUUCGCGAGCGGAAGAAGAGGGCGAGGAGAAGAAAGUGUUCGAGGGGUAUCAGCCUAGCCAGGAGCUCGGGUGGGAUUCGCCGGGAGCUCAGAGGGCAAGAGAGAAGAUGAUUAAAGCGAUGGGUGGGAAGGUCGAAGAGAGCAAUGUCCUUGAAGGGAUCGGGGUCGUGAGGGAUGGGGCAAGUGAUGCCGGAUUAGGCCGGGCGAGUAGGAAGAGGAGGGGAUGAUUACAUAUUGAUGGGUGUGAGAUAUGCGGUGGAAGAGAUGUACAACUUUGGAUGAAAAUGCACAAAGGCGGUUAUCUUGGGUUAAAGGAAGGUGACGCAUAGCAAGCCAGGCGUUAUGG